CUGAAACGAUGUUUCUGGACUUUGUUUGUAGAGCCCUCUAGCAAACGGUCACGCUGGAAAAGAUGUACGGUGGCCGCGUUGGACCCCACUCCUGCCACUCGCCCAGCAAUGUCUCAACGAGCGGGGCCCCGCACCUGCGAUAAGAGCACGAGCCCGGAGAGAGACCGCCCCGAGUGUCCCCUUCAAACAUUCCUAGCAGAGGCGACGUUCCUUGUCGUUCCAAUGGAAACCGAGCUUGAGGAUGCAAAGCCGAGGGGUGCCUUCGCCGAGCGCGGCAAGUCUCGAAAGGGGAGGUGCUGUCGAAGGGUGGCGCAAAGUUUGCUGCGGGAGAGGGUCGUCAGGAUGAUUCCAUGGUUGUGCGCUGCAUUGUUGUUCGUGACGUCGGUUGGCCUCUUCUUGGAGGACAUGCAUCGGCCAGGGUACACAAAGAUUAGGGAGGGGAUCCAGUUGGUCCGGUGGAACGCGCUGAUGGCCGCAAAGGCCAAAAUGGAGCGCUACGGGAAUGUGCGGGAUCCGCAAGAACUAGAGCGGAUGCCUGCGUGGGUCGUCUCGCUGAAAAGCCCAAAUGAGCGGCGGGAGAAAGUGCGGCGGCAGAUGGCGGGGCAGAGGUUGAACUACUCGUUUGUCGAUGCGAUUGAUGGGAUGCGGGAGGAGAUACCUCCAGAAGAGCUGCAAUGGUUUCUGAGCAGCGGGCGCGCUUACGAGGGCGGAACGCCUUUCCAGCGCAAGAAGAUUGCGACUGACGUCACGAACCUGCGGCUGCUGCACCGGAUGCUCGCGGACAACGUGCCGAUUGCGAUGAUAAUGGAGGACGACUUCGUGCUGCCGCAAGAGCGACCUGCUGCAGCGGCUGAAACGCAACGAUGGCGCAGCUGCCGGUGGACUGGGACCUCUUUGCGCUCAACGCGUGCUCGAUGCGCAAGCACGGCCAGACGCUGGGCCAGUUCGUCGGGGAGGGGGUCAGGGUCCUCAAGACAGGCAGCUGCACGCUCUGCGUUAUCAUCAACCGGGCGGCUGCGGUUAAGGUGCUGAAAGCCUCGGAGCGACAGCUCAACUACCAGUACUUUGACAACCUGCUAAUCGGGUAUAUGGCGCAAACGGGGAGCUUCAACAGCUAUCUGGCGGACCCGCCUUUGUGUUUGUUUGAUUCGUCAUCGACGAGUGUCAUUGAGCCUGGCCGAGAACCAUUCCGAGACAUCUUACCUUGACUUUAGAGAGCUAACAUUGUUUGGUUGUAGCUUUUUGUCUUUCUCAGUCACGGGCACUUCUUAUAAUCCGUGUACGCUCUUGUCAGAUACUGAAUUGCCCCCAAAAAGCUCGACAAUCAGGUUUGCUUUGAAGUCAGUGAAUCCCGCUCUUGCACGAGAUCAAGCACGCAGUAGAAACGUUGACAAUCUAUAGAAGAGUUGGGUAAGAAGUCACUCGCAGCGCGCCUAGUCAAGGGGGCCACGCCGUCACCGCUCUAGGUUCAAAACUUGGGAUUUGAGGAGUCUGAAAAAGGUUGGAACAAAGAUGUGUCGGACCAUGACUAAGAUGUCCUUCAAGUCUUACUCGAAUUGUCUGUCUGCAUGGACAAGAACAUAACUCUGGACGUGACCCCACACUGAC